AUAAGGAAAAACAUGGCGGAAACCUUGGAGGACUUGAUUGAUAAAGCCACGGAUCCAUCCAAAAGCCGGGAAGGUGUGGAUUACUUAACUCCAGUAUGCGACAGAAUAAAUUUGGACCUAGAUGGUCCACUAAUCGGGAUCCGUUACAUUGCCACGAAAGUCAAGAGCGCCAGGGAAGAAGAGGCCCUUCUUGGACUUAAUCUUAUUGAAGCAUGUGUGCAAAACUGUGGGCAGCGAUUUCACACUGAAGUUGGAAAAUACAGAUUCCUUAAUGAGCUAAUUAAAUUAAUAUCAUCAAAGUAUGAUGGAGACUGGACACCAGAUGCAGUCAAGAAGCGCAUCAUUCAGUGCAUGUACAGUUGGACCCUUGGUUUACCAAAAGAGACCAAAAUUGCUGAGGCUUACAAAAUGCUGAAGCAGCAAGGAAUUGUGACGAAAGACCCAGAGGAUCCAUAUGCCACACCAUCAGAUGAAAGUAAACCACAAGAAAAACCAAAAGAUACAAUAUUUCAGGAUGAAGAAAAAUCAAAGCUUCUGUCACGUCUUCUGAAGAGUACUCAUCCAGAAGAUUUACAAGCUGCAAACAGGCUGAUAAAGACCAUGGUUAGACAGGAUGAAAUGAAGAUGGAGAGACUGGUGAAAAGAAACACUGAAAUAGAAACUUGUUGCAAUAACAUCAAGCUGCUAACAGAAAUGCUGAACCACUACAGCCCUAGUUCUCCAUCCCAAGAUAAAGAACUGAUGAAGGAACUUUAUGAUGCCUGUGAUAGGAUGAGACCCCAGUUAUUCAGAUUGGCCAGUUCAGCCACAGAAGAUGGUGAUGAAGGACUUGCUGAUAUUCUCAGGGUGAAUGAUGAUCUGUCAAGAGUCUUAGAGUAUUACCGAAGGAUUUUCGGAAUGCCCCCCCUGGCCUCACUCACUACAGCUGGUCCAGCCUCCCCUCCAGCAACCCAGACAGCAGCUGCAGAGGCUGGGGUAGGUGCAGGAGCAGGUGCAGGUGCAGGCGCAAGUGCUUCCACUCUUAUUGACCUGGGUGCUACAAGUCAACAGGCAGAAUCAACAGAAACACCUGUUCCAAGUGUUCUGGAAAAUGAACUCAAAGCUUUGGGUCUUCAUGACAUUGAACCACCUCCUGCAGCCAGUAAUUCUCAGAUACCUUUGCAGGUUCCUCAACAGCCUGGUGGUGUAGGGCCCUGGACUGUGCCAACUCAGAACUUUGGCAUGCUCCCAACCGGUGUGCCCUCUACAGUGGGUGUGGUCAGACCAAUGGGACAGCAGCAGGUGGUGGGCAUGAUGGCUCCAGUGUACAUGGGAGUGGGACAAAUGCCUCGAAUGCCCUUUCAAGCUAUGAGUCCUGGAGCAAUGUCAGUGGCACCCAGACCAGGUCCAGUGAGUAUGGGAACAACUAGCCUUGCCAUGCCAACUACUGGGCUAGCAGCUCGGGGGAAUCUUCCAGCAGCUGGUAGCCGAAGAGCAGGAGAGGAGACCAGAGCACCUAAUGCCCUUGACUUGUUGGGUCAAGAAGUUCUGCAGAACCAGAAGCAGCAGCAGAAGCAGAAACAAACUGUCACUCCAUUACAAGAGAAAGCUGUACCAGAGCAGCAGCAGGCAUCAGCAUCAACAACUGACAGCUUGCUAUCAUUAGGACUGGAGCCCAGCCCAGCGACACUUCCUGCUGGUGCCAUGAAUGUAGGUUCUCCUUCACCUGCUAGUUUUCCUCCUGUAGCAUCACCUCCUAAACCAGCUGCACCUCUUUCUCUGGACAACGUUUUUGUGCCUUUAGAUACUAUUACACCAGGAAGCCAUGCACCACUAACAGUACUCGAGAAAAACAACAUCAGGAUUAUUUUUCACUUCGCUAAGACUAGUGCAGAAUUGUCCAGAAGUGACUUGUUGAUUGUCGUGAUCUCCACUAUGAGUUUCCUGUCUUCUGCAGUUAAAAAUUUUGUCUUUCAAGCAGCAGUACCAAAGACGAUGAGAGUAAAACUUCAACCUCCAUCUGGUAGUGAGUUGCCUCCUCAUAAUCCAAUCCUCCCGCCAUCCGCCAUUACACAAGUCAUGUUGAUUGCUAAUCCAGCGAAGGAAAAGAUCAGAUUAAAAUACAAGAUAAGCUACCAAGUUGAUGGUUCUUCCACGACAGAAACUGGUGAAGUGGACAGUUUUCCCAGCGUUCUAAGGGGGUAAACAGAAUUUUAAUAACCUCCAAGCCUCUGCUUGGUUAAACCACCUUAAUAUCAGUCUAAUGACGUUAGGUAUUUAAGUUGUUAUCAACAGCCUCAGAUUUACACAAAAUUGAUUAAAUUAACGAGAUAAAAUCCGUUAAGGGAGAAUUUUGGGCCAGUAGUUACCAAGAGGUUUUCGAACUGGAGUUAAACUGACAAUUCUAAACUUAGAUAAAAGAUCGACUUUUUGGUGCUGUCAAUCACAAUGACGUCAUUGAUUAUCUUAAAAACUGAUUUGAGGAGAGUUUCAUGCCUGAGAAACGUGACUGAUGACGACAUUCCCCUGUUUGGUUGAUUUCGUGACCGUGAUUGACAGUAGUUUAAAAUUAAAAUAAGCUGGAUGUCACGGGAUUUGGGAAAUCAAUUGACUCGCUGUGCAAUCUUUUUGGAAAGGUUAUAUGACUAGGGAAAAGAAUAUUUCCAUUGACCUAGCGUUCCAUUAUACACCACGACACAAAAAAGAGAGAAAUU